AUGGAAAAGCUGAAGCAGACAAUAGUGCGGGAGGAGAGGGAUGGCAAGCUGGUUGCAGGGAAGAAGAAGAAGGAGGUCAUCCCCGUGACAACACAACCACCUUACUUCAUGGAUAACUACUGUCCUCCUGAGUGUGCCUGCUAUGGAAGAGUGGUCCAGUGCUCCGAUAAAGGGGUAGAUAAGGUUCCUUAUGGCAUUCCCUAUAACGCCCGCUACAUCCUCCUUAUGAAUAACCACAUCAACAGCAUCCAGGUGGACCUGCUCAGUGAGUAUGUGUCUAUGGAGUUCCUUGUGUUGAGCAACAAUCAGCUCACAGAUGGUGCCAUAGAAGGAGCCUUUGAGGGGGUCCUGGCUCUGAAACGCCUCUACCUGGACAGGAACCUCCUAGAAGGUGUCCCAACUGACCUUCCAGUCUCUCUUGAGGAGCUUCGUCUGGACAAUAAUCAGCUGAAUGUAAUAUCAGAGGUAGCUUGGGCCCAGUGCCCCCAUCUCCUGGUUCUGAGCCUGAGCAACAACAGCCUGGGGAACGGGUCAGACUCUCUUCCUAAUGCAGUGCUCUCUCCUCUGCGGAACCUGUGCAUUCUGAACAUGGACUAUAACCAGUUAACAUCAGUUCCUCUGGGCUUACCACUGUCCAUUAAGGAGCUAUACCUCAAAGGGAAUUUCAUUGAGCAAUUCCAUGGAGGAGUUUUCAAUGGAAUAUCAGGGCUGGUGGUGUUAGAUCUAAGUGCAAACAGACUGACAGACAAAGGUCUUGCUACGGAUUCCUUCCUCAAUGUAACUCACUUGGAAAGCCUCAACAUGGAGGGGAACAAGCUAAAGCAAGUGCCACAUCACCUUCCUCACUCACUAAAAUCCUUAAAUCUAGGAGGCAACUUCAUAUCUUCCAUAAAGAAAGCAACUUUGAGGACCUUGACAAACCUGGAGCAUCUAGGUUUGGCAAAGAAUAAGAUCUUCAAAGUUGCACCAGGUGCAUUCAAGACAUUGCCUGUCCUGCAUGAGUUAGACCUGUGCCACAACAGCUUGUCUGAAGUGCCCAGACAGCUGCCGCAGGGUUUGCAUUCAGUAGCUCUCACCCACAACAAGAUUCAGUCUGUGCCUCGUGAUGCUUUCUGCUGGAGUAAAAAAAAUCGGAACCUCAGCAGGCUUGUACGAGUGCAGUUGGAACAUAAUUUAAUUGACAUGGGGAUGUUGGAUAUGCAGGCGUUUAAAUGCUUACGGGGCUUCCAGGUGGUGCACUUCUACUGA